AUGACUCAAGCCUCCGAUUCGAGUAAAGCUGAGACCAUGUCCAACUUUGCCAACGACGUUCAGCAUGCUGAAUGUGGAGAUGUUACAUCUCCUUCUGCCUUUGAGAGAACCAGGUCUACAGGCAGUAUUAUGAUAUCUCCGGAACUUUUUGAGAAGCUUUAUUUGAAUCCGAAAACUCCAGUUGCUGGGAACCUUCGGAGUAUCAUUGGCAAUCCAACCCCGAUAGCCAUCACCGGCUUCGUCAUGGCCUUGACCCCUCUAUGCUUUUGCCUGAUGGGCUGGAGAGGAGCCGGUAAUAAUGGGGCCGCUCACAUUGGGGCGUACAUUUUUUUCGGGGGAAUUCUGUUACUUGUUGGUGGGUUGCUAGAGUGUAUUAUAGGUAACACCUUUUCAUCCGUGGUGUUCAUGUCCUUUGCAUGCUUUUACCUUACCCUCGCCGCGACUAUACAGCCCUUGUAUAAUGCAUAUGCACCCUAUUCACCGUCGCCUAGUGAUCCAACUGCAGGCUUACAGUCGGAGGGCUUCAAUGCCAGCUUUGGUUCGUCAACUACAUCGCUUUUCUUUUGA